AUGUAUCGUAGCAGGGGUAGAAACAUCUAUAGCAGGAUUCCCGAGGAAGAAACAGGAAAUAAAGUUCAAGAUGUACCCUUACGUACCUCAUGUACAUUUGGCUGGGUUACCAGCAGGCUGGGUCUUAAUCAGAAGUCAUGUGAUGAAUUUGUUCCAGGGCAACAUUCAACCUGGCAGAACUCGGAAAAUAUGCGUCGCGCGUGGAUUAAACGCGAGCGAGAGGCUUUUUCUCGCGAAACCGACCCUCAGUUGUGGAAAGCUGUUUUAUCGUUUAUUUCUGGUGAAGAGUACAUGCGUGAGUUUUUGUUGCUUAUUAUCAUUGCCAGCGCCCGUAUUCUUCAGCCCACCAUGUUUGCCGCUGUCCUUAGUUCUGAGCCUGUGAUGCUGUAUGGCUCACCUCUACCGUGGAUUUGUGUUGUUACCGCUGGAUAUUGGCUUGCAGUCUCAUCCGAGGGUCUUGCACGGAGUCAUUAUUCCUUCUGUACGCAUCUGACAAGUACAUCGGUUAAAUCCGGUCUGAGUGGUUUGCUGUAUGAACAGGUAUAGUGAAACGCCCCUUCAUGUGACCACCUCUUAUCACGACUAUCCGAAACGGAAACAGGCACUUAGGAUUUUUCUCAUUUGAAAGCGUUAUUAAUGCCACCUUUUUUCUCUGUCUUAAAUACUUUUCUUCCUUUGAUAAGCUAGAAGCAAAGAAAGCAAACGCAGAAAAUUUUUUGGAAGUAUGAUUUCAUUCAUGUAAUGGAAGAGUUUCUUUUUUGUUAAUUUCUGUAUGGUAUGAUUUUCUUCAUGAAAAUUCAUUGCUCCGUGACACUGAUAUGUUUGAUAGGUGCUGCGACUCAAAGAGACCGACCUAGCAGAUUACACGACAAGUCACCUUAUCAACUUGAUAUCAAAAGAUUUGGAACCGAUUGAUCAGUGUUCACAACUCGUGCCAUUCCUCUUCACCGCCCCCGUGGAGCUCGUAGUAUUCUCUAUACUGUUAAGUGUGCUGAUUGGCUGGGAAUCAGUUAUGGGGAUCGUUUAUAUGUUAGUGUGCACUCUCCUACGCUGUGGCAUCGGCAGGGUUUAUAAAAAACUGCGACAACAUACCGUGUUCUUCAUGGACCAUCGGCUUCGCCUCCUCAGUGAAAUACUUUCUGGCAUUCGAGCUAUCAAAAUAAACGCCUGGGAAGGAGUUUUUAAGCGACUUAUCAAGGAUGUUCGAAGGUUGGUAUUUAAUACUCUGUGCCUUUUACCGCUGUUUACUCAAAAAUAAAUUCUCUGAUUCGUGAAAACCAGCUGAAAAGUAAAAUUGGACAGUAAAAUGAUAUUUUCCCGGUCCCAAGCGGAAAAAUGCACGUGACUCAACAUAUUAUUAUUGCAUUUUUCCCAUAUUAGAAAGCUGUAAGCAAGCACUUUUUUUAGCAAAUGAUUGUUCAUGUAUUCACGACCUAUUUUUCUUUGAAGAAAAGAGCUGCAUCACAUCAAAAGAAAAGCUUUGGUUCUUGGCUCCCUGUUAUCCGUCCAACAUGCUGUUCCGAUCAUCAGCUCGCUUGUAUCCAUAGCAACGCUGUCACUGCGUGGAAAAGACCUCAACGCCAUUAAUAUGUUUUUGACUAUCUUAACGAUGUAUAUUCUUGAUUCCUCCUGUGGUGAAUCAUUUGUCAAAGGAGUAGAGGCACUUGUAAGGACCCUCGCUCGCCUCAGGAGAAUAGAACAGUUUCUGCUUUUGGACUUUCCAGUUAACUCAUUUGUGGAAAACACAACUCGUCGUCCGGAGCAUAGAUUAAACAGGAGAGGAAGAUCACAUUCACACUCCGAUAACGUUACUCAUCAUAGUGGAAUCAGUCCCUCUGAUAGAUCACCUUAUCUUUCAUUACGCAGUGUUUGCUGCGAGGGUGAAUAUGGGCUUACUGAUAUCGAACUCAAUUAUAUAACCUGCAGUUUUGAAGGCCCUCAACUUGUGACCAUCACAGGACCCCCUAAGGCAGGGGCUGGUACGUCCUUGUUACUUGGAGCCAUACUUAAGGAGGUACCACUGAUCCAAGGCAGUGUAGUUCACGAUGGAAAGAUAGCAUACGUUGGGCAGAAGCCUUGGAUAUUUUCUGGAACUCUUCGCGAAAAUAUCCUCUUUGGAGAUCCAUAUAACGAGGAACGUUUCUUGGCCGUAAUAACAGCGUGUAAACUAGGGGAAGAUGUAGCAGUCUUACCCAGUGCUGAAAACACGUACAUUGGUGAAGGCGGAAGUGAAUUGACUCUCGGACAGCGGCAACGUAUAAAUCUAGCACGCGCGGCCUACUCGACUGCUUCAAUAAUCUUAUUGGACGAUCCAGUCAGUCACCUUGACACUUUGCUAGCAAAUCAGAUAUUUGAUGAUUGCAUCGAAGGUUUUCUAGCACCUCGCUUAAAACUAUUGGUCACACGUCGAGAACUUUUCCUUGCUAGAUCUCCUCGCGUGUUAUUCAUGACAAAAGGAAUUAUUGUAAGAGAAGGAUCUUUUGCUAAGAUUAGAGAGUCGGGUGAUGAUCUCUCUUGGUUAUCAAACAGCGACAACGAGAAAGAAAGUGAGGAGAAGGCGUUUAACGAUCCACAGUCUAAAAGAACCCAGUCAGUUGACACGGACCCAGACAGUGAUGAAACUAACGAAAACGAAGGAUUUACUGUUUACUUAACAUAUGCUAAGCAAGCAGGGUUCUUCCCACUGCUGUUAGUUAUUGGAUUAAUAUUGGUGCCUGCACCUGGAGGUAUGUAUCACUCUACCUUGGCGGUAGGGGGUUGGGCGAGCUGUUGCCUGUGCACAUCAUUUGCGUCAUACCAGAGGGUAAAAUGAUUGAUUGAUUAAUUGGUUGGUUGGUUAAAGAGUUACUGGAUACAAGCGUUAUUUUUGCGCAACGCCAGGAGGAGUUCUCGCCCUUUAGAAGUUUGGUUUUAAAAGUUUCAGACAGUUCCAGCAAUGUGGUGAUAAUUAAUAAAGGCUUUCUAGGUUCGUGUUAUGCUAUAGCGUACACACACACACACCUCACUGGCCGAAAAUUACUGGUUUGAGUGAGGCUAGGGAGUGGGCUGUCCAGAUGGAAGAGCCUCGACCUCAAACGCUUUAAUCAGCACCACUGAAAAGCAGUCAGCUCAAAAUUUGAGUAGCACCCAUAAAUCGAAGCUUAACUACAAAUCACUGCAAAAUACUUUUGAUACGAAUAGUUGUGCAACUGAAAAGUUAGAACCACCUCGUACAUUACUACUGCAUGAAAAAAUUAUUCGUCACUUGGAAAUUGACUUGACUAUUUUUUUUUCUUUUUUUGGUGUAUUUAUUGUUCCUCUCUCUUUUCUCUUUCAGCCAUCCUCGCGGCCCUCGGGCUUUGGUUUGCACGAAUUUCGGGCCUAUCACUGGAAAACCAGCAAGAUCUUGUUCACUUUUACACGGCGACAGUCCUUGUAGGAGCGUUCCUGCUGUUGCUGCUUAUAAGAGCUUCUUUUCUAUUUCUGUGUGGGCUCAGAUCUUCUAAGAGAAUACAUAAGAAAGCGAUAUCGUCGCUACUGAAGGCACCUGUUCAACUCUUUGAGGCAGACAAGCAGGUAUGGCUCGAGAAAGAUUGACAAAUUUGAAAUACGAACUUACACUAUAAUAAAGUUUGUAGCAUAUCAACGAUUCAGAUAAUUGGGAUAAUUGGCUUAAAAGCUCUUUAGCGUCAUACCCACCCUAUUAGGUGCCCCAAGGUUUCUGUGAUUAUAAUCUUUUAUGCCAAAAAUUUGAAGAAUUUCUACAACUAAAACAUCGAGGAAGCAGCAUGGCCGUGUGGCUUUUGGUGCUACAUGUCACUAGCUGAAAAUCUUCCCAGCAUUCUCGAGUUUAACUCUCAUUCACCUGCCUUUGUAAAAAGCCCAUAAUUUGUCAUACCCCGAGGCGUAAAUCACCUGAUCCCUGCCCAUUUUAGUCAUGACGUCAUCAGCGUUCAUGCUUUGCAAAAAAGACGGACAAACUACUACAGAAGUGGGUAUUUGGUUUGGGUAAGCGAGAUGCAUAAAUAGUACACAUUCUAGUUUAAAUUGCAACUGAUCAAUCGUGAGGUAUUUUACCAAUUCUGUCUGAGAGUGUUUCAACACAAAGUAACCGUCAUAGAGCGUACCGCUCAAUGUAAUACCGUCGAUGUGUCAUGCUUUUAACACAGGGAAAAUUGCUAAAGACGUUUUCCAAAGACGUGGAAUGCCUGGAUGAGAAGCUCCCUCUUGACAUCCUACGGUUCCUCCAUUCUGUUAUUGAACACAUUGCAGCUGUUAUAAUCAUCAAGAUCACCACUCCAUGGGCGAUACUUGCCGCUGUUCCCGCUGCAAUCAUUCUGUUGCUGUUGGGCAGGUAUUAUCUCUGCUUAGAGCGAAGAGCAAGAAACCUUGAGAGCAGAAGUUUAAACCUUUUCCUGACCCAUUUUUCUGAUACCAUUGCCGGAGCGGUCACGAUCAGGGCUUACCAGAAGGAAAUAAACUUCGAAAAUGAGUUUUACAGGUUAGAUCACCUCCUUUUUCAUGAUUUUUCAUAAUAGACCCUUUUACCGAUACGGUGGCCAUAUUAAAUUAAUUCGAUUUAAAGAGUAUUAUCGGAUGCCCAGGGGGGCAUGAACAAGAUCCGUUGUACUCGCUUAGUAUUAGAAAUAUGGUUUUUCACUGUAUAUUUCUCGGGAAAAAGGCGAUCAUUAUUACAUCCUAACACGGCACAACGAUCUUUUUUUCCAUCAGAAUUUUAUUCUGAAAGAAAACUUUAAGGUAAAAUCCUCCUUAAGUCUAACUUAUUCAAUAUGGCCGCCUUAUUGGUAAAAAGGUCCAUUCUUUUUUAAUAUGCGCAGUGAUAAGUUAACAAAAGUAAAAAAACAGACAGUAUCUGCAGUAUGCUUUUUCCACUGUCUUUAGUCGAAUUCGUUCUCCCUAACUCUCCGUAAACACCUGAUGACAAUGAACUGCAGCACGUCUAUAAAACCCGCAACUAAAAAUAUAUGGAUCAAAAAAUACUUUAUAUAAUUAUAUUACAUAAUGUAUAUUUUUAGGUUAUAUGAUCAGUACACGACGGCAGUAUGUACGAGGUCAGCGGCUGAGCAGUGGUUAGCACUGAGACACUUGUUAGUGACGUCACUGUUUAUGUGCUUAGCUACCGUCAUCGUUAUCUUCACCAGCGACAUAAGUAAGUAAAUCUAUGUCAGUAAGUGGACUGAAGGAUGUGUUGUUUCCCGAGACAACUCAACUCUUUCACUUACCCAAAGUGUACAAAUGAGUACCAGUGACUGGCGUGCACCCCGGCGCAUGUUUGUUUUGUUUUCUCAACACAGAUCAUGUGAUAUUAUCCUGAAGAAAUGUUUCUUUCAAAUUUCGUCUCAUUCACGUGCACAUGUACGCACAAUUUAUGAAAAGGCGAAGAGUGUCCUCGAGAACAUCAUAUGACCUACCUUACUUAGCUAGUGUUAAGAUUAUGCGCAAACAAAACAUACGUCAGUGCCCAGUGCCCGUCCUCAAGUAGCCUGCGUUGAAGACGUAAUCUAACCCCGGUUAGUAACGUCUGCGAAGCAGCGCCAACAUCCUUGUUCUGGGCUUACAGGAAAUGCGUUUCGAAAUUUUCCUUCAACCUGAAUGGCAAAUUGACAAUGGUUUUUUAGCCGGCCAAUCACGGCGCGUUUUUUAGUACACAGAUGGGGGGCGGUACUUUUGUUCGCCAUACCAUGUAGUUAAACAGUCUUCACCAAGCUAGGGCUCUCACUUCUGCGCAUGACCACCAGGGAGAUAAGCCAGAAGCGUAAGCAGUAGGAUCGAGUAUGGCGGGAAGUAAUACUACAAACGCCAAGUCCACCACAGAGUUGUAUUCAGUGACCUCUGCUUAUCAAAUUAUUAUAGUCCCUUUUAAAAACAGUUUUUCAUGUUUAGGCUUGACUGUACAUUCAGCAAUUCUGAAAGACUAUUCAUAACAAUAUGUUUGCCCCACAGAAAUUGAGAGGCCUGCAUACACCUCGAAUUUAAUCUUUUUGCAGGAACUAAAGACAUAAUAUGUUUUGCUUCUCCUUUUUUAGCUCUUGUAGCACUAUCAUUAACGUACGAUAGACAGCUGGUUGUAGGAAUCGCUUUGAUUCCGAUCCUCUUCACUGAUAUUGAGCAGGGCAUGGUGUCCACGGCGAGACUCUUCAGUUACUUUGACCUCCAUCCCGAAGUCGGUUACGAUAAUAUCACGAACACUCCCGAAGACUGGCCGAGUAAAGGUUCUGUGAGCGUCAGUGAUGAUAUAAUGGCGCACACCCCUCGUCGGCGAGUGUCUUUCCAAACAUUGACUCUGUACAUGGCACCAGGUGAAAAGAUCCUUGUCAUAGGCGAAAGAAAUGCCAGCAAGAUUUAUCUUGUGGAUAAUAUGCUGCUUUUAAACGAAUCACGCCAAGAAGUGCUAGUGGAUGAAAUAGCAUUAAAAUUAGUCAAUCUUCAAAAAGCGAGGCGUGUCUUCAGCGUGGUUCAGCGAGAACCAUUCGUAUUCACGGCCUCUCUUAGAACCAACCUAGACCCAGAAGGAAUCCAUGAGGAUAAAGAGCUAUGGAGUGCUCUGGAAGCUGUGCAGAUGAAAGAUUAUGUACAGCAACUCUCCAGGCAGUUAGAUUACAUCAUGACUCAGCCAUCGUUCUUUACAUAUUCUCAACUGGUGCUCUUGGCCAUUGCCCGCGUUCUUCUGCAGAUGAGGCGUAUCGUUAUUUUUGACGAAAUCAUGUCAAAUGUCAACUUAAGCACGUUACGAAUAAUACGCAAUGUCUUGAAGAAGCAGCUAGGUUAUUGCACGGUGAUCACUGUUGAAUAUAAACCCAUCAGCCUUGAAACAGUUUUAUGUUACGACCGUGUAGUUGUUAUGGAGGGAGGAAGAAUUGUUGAAAUGGAUGAUCCGCGAGCUCUGCUUGAGCGACAAGAUAGUCUGCUGUCGGCGUUUCUGAUGCAAAGCUAA